ACGCAGCCGCGUUUAGUUUAGCAACAACUGCUGAGCGCUGCAGACGUCCAAAAUGAAAUUGGAACUCGUGGUAAUAUAUAUAUUGCUAUUGGCAUUCGCCGCUUCCUCGCCUAUGCUAUACAAACGCAAUCCAGAUGAGAAAUACGAACCGGAUCUGGUUGCCAUUUCCUCAACUGUCAUACCGUUGACCGUGCUGGAAGUCAGCUAUGGCCUGGGCGGCAAGCCGAGUGACGAAUACAAGGCCGCCUACCUACGCAAGCUGCGUAAGCAAGUGCAGCAAAAGGCAGCGGCUCAAGCCAGUGGCAAUUCGACAGCACUUCGCGCUCUGAGCGAAGUCUCCGAGCUGCCGCCUGCGCCCAGCGAUGCAGAUGCUCUGAUUACACUCAAAUCCAAGCAACAGGAGAAGGCCAAAGUCAAGGCUGUCUAGAAGGCAACGCACAGCAGAACAGCCAGCCAGACAGCCAACCAGUCAGCUCGACCAGUCAUUGCUUUUGCGUUGGCGUUUGCUAUGAUAUCAUUGCCAUAGUACAUUUUUUUCUUCUUCUUUUUUUUUAACUAGUUAAUAAAUUUUGCGAUACGAA